AUGGCCCACGCUCAGCUGUAUCUACCAGAACCCUUUAAGAUUGCCUAUGGAAAAGUUGGACAGUACCGAAGAUUCCAGCAACUCAAGAAGAAAAAUGGCUCAUUCAAAAGGAAGGGGAUAGAAAGAUGGCACAGAGCUGUGUCUACCAACUUACUAAAACAAAAUGUAUUGGUCCCUAAAGAGGAAUCAUCCAGUGAUAGUGACAUGGGAUUUCAUGAAAGCCAGCAAAAUCAGAAAAGUAAUUUGAAGACGAAAGUGAAGACUGCUUUUGGGAGGAUGCUGUCCUACAAAUAUAGAAGCAAGUCAGCAAGUGCCAGCCAAGAGGGCUCCACUGACCAUAAGGAAGCCCUCCUGUCAAACACGCAGAGCCUUCGAAUCCCUAGGAUUGUCAAGGAGUUUCCAUCUCCCAAGUUAUUUACAGCAAAAAUGAGAAAGCUGUCAGAGAAUGCGACUAUACAACUUGAUGUUGUAGAGGCAGAGACAGAGGAGAUAACCCAGGGAAAUACACUCCUUCGGGCCAGGAGAACCACCAAGCGGUUAUCUGUGACAUCUCUUCCUUCAGGACUGCAAAAGGGGCCAUAUUCACCAAAAAAGAGACCAUACUUUCCAGCACUUAAAAAAAAGAAGCGUGGCAUGGAAAACAUCCUUCAAAAAUCAGACUUGACAGUAGGAAAGCUUCAAAUGCAGGUGGAUGACCUCAUAGAAACAGUGACUGAUAAAUCCAUGAAGCUAUUGGCCCAAAGACAUGCUGAGCUUCAACAGUGUGAGUUUCUGGGGGAUGAAAUUCUUCAGUCUUCUAAACAGUUCCAGAGGAUAUCCAAGAGAACCAUGAUGAAGUAUAAAUUAAAAAAUGUUCAUGGUCCUCCUAAAGCCUCUUCCUACACUCUGUUUUCAGAAGUGUAA